UACGUGCAACAUUGCAGGUUAAUAAACGGAUCGUACACGGGUGUACUGGGCGAGGUGGUUUACGACCGGGCAGACGUGUCUUUCAACAGCCGUUUUCUGAACGAUCCGAUGAUCCACAAGCCGUAUCACUACACCCGAAACAACGGUUUGGAUUUCAUAUGUUUUAUCGUGCCGAAAGCCGAAACGUUGACAAGACUUCAAAUACUGUGGAUGACUUUCACCGUUGAAGUUUGGCUGUGCGUGGCUGUCACGUACGCGUUGAUGACCAAGUCUUUUCAGAUUUUUAACAAAUUGAAUUUGUCUGGCGGACGGAAAAUAUCCGAUCCGUUUAUGACUAGCCUUCAGGUCGUUUUGGGCAUGGGCGUUUGUAGUUUGCCAAAACAUGUGGCCGGGCGUAUAUUUUUCGUAUCUUGUUCAGUGGCUUGUUUCGUUAUGGUAAUUUUAUUUCAGGCAUCAAUGGUGACCAAGUUGAGCAAAGAAACCAGUCAUAAAGAGAUCGACACAUUGGAGGAACUCGAUAAGAGUGGAAUGGAAAUCCGAACUUCAUUGCGUUAUGUUCGGGAUGCCUUGGCAAUAUAUUCGACGACAAAAUCUCUUGCGAAUAAAAUAGAUUUAGAAAAAGAUAGACAAGGUUAUAUAGCGUCAAAAUUUGUUUUUAUUGCAAGAAUCAUGAAUUUGAGUCUCUCAAAGUAUUCAAAUUUUAUUGGGCACUUUGAACAACAAAGUGUUGAAUUGCACAUAGUCAGGGAAUGUCCACUGAAAUAUUACCUGACUUAUGCAAUUGCAAUUGACUUUCCAUUUUUGGACGAGUUAAAUGAUCUUCUUACACGUUUUCAAGAAGCCGGAAUUACCCUCAAGUGGAAAACAGAUAUUCAAAAGUUAGAACUAGUUUAUUAUGAGCCACUAAAUUCCAACUCAUCAAAAGGCUUAAAAGCGUAUUCAUUGAAUGAUUUAUGGUUUGCUUUUGUUUUUUUGUUCGUUGGCUACAUAUUGUCAAUGAUUGCGCUAAUGUUGGAAUUUAUUUUCAAAAAAUUUCAAAAAUAAGAUCACGGCGUAGAUAUUUGUUAUUAUAUUGAUUUAAAUUAUAAAGAACAGAACACAGGUAUACAUACCCAUUACCCAUAUGGUUUAAUUAUUGUAAAAUGCGUGGUGAUAAACGAAUAACUUUUUUUAUUUUGAUAUUGGCAAUAUUGUUUUUAGUGAUUCUGAUUACAAUGAUUUAGCAUUUAAUAAUAUUUUAAAGACAAUUUUUUUUGUGUUGUGUGCUCCUUUAAGAUUCUAGAAUCGAAUUAAAUAUUCAAAGUCCAGUUUAGUCCAAAAUUUUAACCAUCCAUUUAAAAUUCAAUGAAAACUCAAAACAAUUUCCUUAAAUCAAAAUAUUCACCACAAGUUCUCUAUCCAUGUUUUAAGUUUCAUUAAAUAUAUUGGCUCGAACAAUUAUUUGUUAUUUGAAAUUAAUAUUUGUAUUUUAAAUAUUUACAAAGAUAUUUGUUGAUAACUGAUAAGUGUAAAAUCUCUAGACCAUUUUUCCGGCUAAAUAAUUGAAAUUAAUUUAAUGAUUCGUGAAAUUUAGUGUGUUUAGUCCAACAUCAAUAAUAUUAAAGAAAGCUCUUAAUAAAAAAGAAAAAUUAGUCCAAUUAUCGAUAGUUUUCAAAAAUUAAUAUUUUUAUUUUUGGAGGGUUUUUUGCCUCGAAUACAUUAUUUGGGGUUAAGCCCCGAUCUCCACCUAUGGUAAGUCUUAAGUAGUUAUCAUUAUGACGUUAUAUUUCGUAAUGUAUUAAUGUAUAAACACUAUUCUCCAAUAUUGUUGUAUAACAGAUAAUAUUAUAUACGUAUAAUGUAUAUUAAUAGUUAUCACUCACAGAUAUUAAAUAAUCUACUUAGGUAUUUUGUAUAAAGUUAUAUUGAUUUGUUUUGUGCAUUGAUUUAGAAUUUUAGAACCAUAUUUAUUUAAAAUUGAACCAUGCAUAUCUACCAUUAUGUUAUAAUAUCAUGUUUAAGAUUA